AAUUCGUAAACGACAUGAAUUGGAUASUGGUUUGCGCACUUUUCUYGGCGGUUGCUUUUGCAMCCAACCCAGAGGAAAAUGAAACAGAUCCCGAUGUCUUUGAGGGUGAYAUGAUUCUGACACCAGAGCAGAAAAUGGCUGCCGUCAACGGUUUGGAUAUCGAUGCCUCUCUUGGACGAGGAGGAAUGAAGAACAGAAGAUGGCCUGGCGGMGUGCUUGUCUACCAAAUUGACGAUUCACUUGCUCAAAAUCCAACGGCAAUGAAGGCAAUCAACGGAGCAUUCAGAGAAUGGUCCUCCAAGACWUGCAUCACAUUCAAGAAACGAACCAACGAAAGGGCAUAUCUCUCUUUCCAAGUUGGAUCGAGCUGCUCCUCGAUGGUUGGAUACCAGGGCAUUAGUCGACAGCCAAUCCAUUUAUCGAGUUUGUGCUGGCAUGUUGGUACAGUAGUUCACGAAAUAGGUCAUGCACUCGGUUUCUACCACGAACAGUCACGACCAGACCGUGACAAGUAUAUCACAAUCGUGCUAGACAAUGUUCUCGACGGAUUCAAGCAUAAUUUCAAAAAGUACGACCGAAGCACUAUCGAUUCGCUUGGCACGCCCUACGACUAURGAUCGAUCAUGCAUUAUGGGCCAAAAGCCUUCAGUAAAAAUAGGAAACCGACGAUUAUCCCAAAGAAGUCUGGGGUUACCAUUGGACAGAGGACAGAGCUGAGCAAAAUUGACGCCAAACAAAUGAACUUGAUGUACAAGGAAGAGUGCAAUGGAGGUGGCGGAGGAGGAGGGGGWGGCGGAGGAUCUUCUUGUGCGGAUAAAGAUCGAAAUUGCAAGCGUUGGUCAAAUUACUGUCAAAAAUACAAGUUCGUCAGAGAGAAAUGCAAGAAGACGUGCAGGGAAUGUUGAAUGAAUGUCAAGCAGAUCCAAAAACGAUAAUUCAUUAAACUAAAUCAAUGAAAACGUUUCAUCUUCGCUAUAUUUUAGAGUAACAAAAUAAGACUAUUAAAGUGUGAUAGUCAAAUAUAUGACACAUACACAAAAAAACAAUACAAUUAGAGCGUACUAAGGUGUAUUAGUGUAAUAUCUAUUCCACGAGGUUUUUGAUUGCACUCUAUUGAGUGGGU